CUUCUCAGCAACCGAGGCAGACAUGGUCCAUCAGAAGGUGCAAGCCAUCCUCCGGGGCCUUGAUGGCCAGCAUGCAGCACUGCAGUCUGACCCAGGAAUGCUGAGAUGGACCUUACACAAGAGUUUGGACCGGAACCCCUACAGCGGGAAUGUAAUGGUUGGGGUCCUCGUUAAGGAGCUGGAGAAGGCGGAACUAAAUGACAACCUGCACUAUAUCAUCCCGUUACUGCACACGCUGAUGUACGCCAUCACAAAGGCGGCGUACAUCUCCGAUGAGCUCUAUGAACGGGUCUAUGUGUUCUGUAAGAAGAUUCUGACUCUUCCCAAACCGUACUGCACCAUCGGACUGGACUACGCCCAGAGGAUCAAAACUGAGAAGAAAGUGCCAGGGUUUUCCUAUCAGAAAAUGGUUGUUUAUGAACAAAAUCUGAAAAAAGAUGUUACUCAGCAACAGGACAAGGUGCUGCUGUUUCUGGACCCCGGCCUGGUCUCUGAGGCUGUAUGUAACACUCUUCUACGGGAGACUCAAGCGGGUCAGAUGUCUCACACCUCCGUCUCCUGCAUGAGCUAUGUCAUCGCCAACAGCAUCCAGACCGCUCUGGGAAAGGACUGCGACAUCGCUCUGCUGCAGAGGGUGAUAGAGACACAAACCACAGAGGAAGUGGAACUUUGGUUCCAGGAAGUUUUGUCUGCGGUGGAGCGAAGCGAGCAAGAAGGCGGAGGCAACAGGAGAAGGCACAGUGAGCGGCUCAGGGAGAUCUACGAAAAGAUUGUCACCUCGCCGCAGGAAGACGCUCCAGAAUUCAAGCUUCAAAGAAUCCCCCUCCCCAGCCUGAAUAUUAGUGUCCACCUUUGGACGGAGGACGAUCAACUGUGGAAAGAGCUCAUGCUAUUCACCGUGAGACGCAAGUCAUGGACGCUGAGAUCGAGUCGUUCAAGAUGCCAGAACUGGCGAUGGACUCGGAAGGCAGCGAGCAGAACCGUAUUUCCGUGUGGUCCAACGACAGCGGGAUUGAGAGGGACUUGCCGGUAUCAGAGGAGAAGGAAACCGACCAAGCUGCAAAGGAAGCCAUGCAUCAAGAAGAAAGACCUGGACCCCACCAUCCUUCUCCAGAACCUCACCAAGGCGCCCAAGGGAAGCCGAACGGGGACACUACAAAGGCUGUCGGGGCAGAGCACUGAGGUCCCCUCUGGUCCUGACAGGCUGCCCACCGCUCGGGUCAUCGUUCUGGGGGACGACAGGGCUCUGGGCAGACUGGCCAAAGCUUACUACUCCUUCAGGAAGAGAGAAGCCAGGAGGCCCCACAGGACCCUGAAGGCCAAUCUUCAGUUCUAUUGUAUCCCCGUCCAUGGAGAACAGUCCGAUUCCCUGUCUGAUAUGGAGGAAUCACCGAGUGAGAUGCAUGAACUGAGCAGGUACUUGGGUCAGGUGGACCCGUGGUAUGACCGUAACAUCAACACUCUCUGCAACAGGAUCUCCAAGCUGGCGAUGAUGCCUGUAUGUCCGACCAGAGACGCCGCAUCGGAUCCUUUCAUCCUGGACGUCGCCUCGUACUACCUGAGGUUUGGGCUGCAGCCGGUGUACUUUCAAAUAUACAACGUGAAGAUCCACUUCAGAGACCUGACGUUGGAGCCAGUGGAGGACGUCUUCCUGACGGAGCUGAAGGUGGAGAUCCAGGACUGCGCCUUUACUAAGUUGAACACAAUAACCAGGAAGAAGACGGUGGUGGAUUUUUCGUGGUGCUGGGAUCCAGGUUCACUAUAAAAAGGCUUUAGCCAGUAACCGGGGGAGGGAUGCCUCUUUGGUGCUCAGAAGUGCUGGAGCCGUUAUCAAAGCCAUACCCAAUAAAGACACUGAAGACUUGGUUUGUCUGAACAUCUGCACUGAUGAGCCAAUGAAAUCCUUCUCUGGACGUUCAGGUUUGGGUAACAGCGAGGGGCUGAAGGCGUCCAGCGUACAGAUGAGGAGCCUGGAGCUGAGGACUCUGAGCCUUCAGAUGGACAAGGACAGUCGAAGGACUUACAGCAACGUCUCUAGCUUUGAGGUCACCCCCUGCCAGGAGCCUGGAUACAGCUUACAGAAGAUAAGGACGUCCCGCGGCCAGGGGGAUUGGAAGGAAGAUGGCGGUCUGAGCAAAUACAUGACAAAAUCUCUGCUGCUCCCAAUAAAUACAUUUGCCGGUAUUAUCCAGUGA